AUGGCACCGAGUUUGGGGCUCUUUCUGAUUUGGGCUGGUGCAUCUGUGUUUCAACAGCUGCACCCUGUGAAUGCAGGGGAUCUUCCCGACCCAGGGAGCAAACCCACGCAUCCUGGAAUGGCAGAUGAGCUGCCGACGGAGACAUACGACCUUCCUCCUGAAAUUUACACUACUACAUUUUUGCCUCGCACCAUUUAUCCUCAAGAGGAGAUACUGUAUGACGACAAACCUUUUCCCAGCUUGUUUAGCAAAGCCAACCAUCUUAAUGCAGUUCUUGAAGGUCCUGCAUGUGCUUUCCCAUUCACCUAUAAAGGCAAAAAGUAUUAUAUGUGCACGCGCAAAAAUUCCAUAUUACUGUGGUGUUCCCUCGAUACAGAAUAUCAAGGAAACUGGAAAUUCUGUACUGAGAAAGACGAGCCCGAAUGUGUCUUCCCCUUUAUCUAUCGCAAGAAAUACUAUGAAAGUUGCACAAGGGUGUAUAGUUUUUUCUGGAGGAGUUGGUGCUCACUCACUUCAAACUAUGACCGGGAUAAAGCUUGGAAGUAUUGCUAGCAAAAAAAAAAAAAAAAAAAAAGGUGAGUGUGUUCUGGGGAGGAUGGGAAGAGACGGGGUAAGCAGGGAAGAGACAGAGCUGGAUUAAGAGGUGGAGUCAGAUGCUGCAGUGAGAUGGAGGGAGGAGGCAGGUGCAGAGAUGGGAUGAGGGAGAAAGAUGCAGGAGGAAGAGUGAGGAGCAGAGUUUCAUGAGGAGAAGCAUGCAGAGAGGAUGAAGAGGAGAAAGGGGACAAAAGAUGGAAACAGAGGGAGAGACAAAGCCAAACUGCAAACAAUGGAGAGAGGAGAGUCCCACAGGGAAGGAGAAAGAGAGUUUGCAGGAUGACAAAUGGAAGGAGGAGGAUCUGGGGAGGAUCAGUGCCAAGACGAGGUGGAAGAGAAGGUGAGAGGGGGCGGAGACAGGACAACAUAAUCUUGGAGCAGGCAUGAGACAGCAGGAAUUGAGAUAGAAAGAGCAGAGAGCAAAGGAGAAAUAGACCUUUGCCCUCCAUGGGACUGACUGAGAAACAAAACUGACUCAUUAACCUUGACCCCAAAGCUAUGUUCAGUCACUGUCCAGUGCAUCCACCCUUGGCCAUGGAUGCAAUCCAGCCUUUGAAACCUCAGUGAAGAAAAUCAAGAACUCUCAAGCAUGAAGGUGAUGCUCUGAAUGACAGAGGUGAAAUCCUUUCUCAGCAUCUCCACCAUGUUCCCCCUGGGCAUAAGUCCA